AUGGAGAAGAUAGAGGCGGAUUUGAAAGAGUCUGAGUUCAAGCAGAGGAGCCUGGCCAAGGCGUACGAUAUUAUACAUGCGCAAGCUAAUUCGUUCCUUAUUUUUACUGUGCAGUGGAAGGACCUAGACGAUCACUUUGAGUCGACUCGGAACUCGCUAGAGACCCGGUUCCGUGAACUCGAGGCCCGCGAGGAGGAUAUCGGAGUCCGGGAGACGAAGUUGGAAGCCAACGAGUGGAAAUUUCGCUCGGAGAAGGAAGCAAAAGCCUGCGAGUUGCGCGGCCUUGAUAGAUUGAUCGAUCAGAAAUUGAAAGAGGUAACUGACUGUAAAAACCACUUGCAUUCACUUUUGUCAUUGAUUCAAGAACACAGCGAUGAGGUCAUUGUUCAGGAGAAUCGGUUGAUGGAAGUUGAGAAGUUUGUUAGAGAGAAGGAGAUGGAGUUUGAUUCUGUUGACCGGCGUGUUAAAGAGAGGACGAAAAAAUUGAAUUGGGUUGAGAAAAUUGUGGAAGAGAAGGAGAUGGAGUUUGAUUCGAUUGACCGGCGUGUUAAAGAGGGGACCGAAAAUUUGAAUUGGGUCGAGAAAAUUCUGGAAGAGAAGUCGAAAUUGGCCGAGUCUAAGGAGGAGGAAGUGAAACGCUUUCAAGAAGCGUUGAACAAGUACGUUGAGGACAUAGAGUUGAAGAAGAGGCAAUUGAAUGAGAUUCUUGGGUCAAUUGAGAAGCACAAGAAAGAGGUUGAUUUGAAAGAAGAGCUAGUUGAAGCAACGAAAAGAUCGAUUGAGGAAUGCGACAGGAAGUUGAUAUUGAAAGAGGAGAAACUUAAGUUGAUUAAAAAAUCGUUAGUGGAGUGCUCUAAUACACUCGAAUCGAGAGAGAAAAAUAUUAAGGAAAUAGAUUUGAAAGAGAGAGAUUUUGGUAUGCUUAAGAAUUCAAUGGAGGAGUGGUCGUGUAAACUUGAUUUCAGAGCGAGGGAACUUGAAUUGAUGGACAAGAGGGUAAGUGAACGCCUCAACGAGGUUAAGUUGAAAGAAAAGAAUUUGGAUGAACUCCAAAAAUCGAUCAGAGAUGGCGAGAAGCAUUUGGAUAAAAUGUCUAAGGGACUUCAAAUGAAAGAGAGUCAACUUGAAGACCAGGUCAAAGAGCUUGCAUUGAGGCAGAAAGAAGUUGAUUCGAUCAAAAAAUCCAAUGAAGAACACACCCAAAACCUGGAAUCAAAAGAGGCACAACUUGAAGACCAGGCCAAAGAGCUUGAAUUGAAGCAGAAAGAAUUAUUUUCGAUACAAAAAUCCACUGAAGAACACACCUUAACUUUGAAAUUGAAAGAGAGGCAACUUGAAGACCAGGCCAAAGAGCUUGCACUGAAGCAGAAAGAAUUUAUUUUGAUAAAAAAUUCCACUGAAGAACACAACGGAAUCCUGAAAGCAAAAGAGAGGCAACUUGAAGACCAGGCCAAAGAGCUUGAAUUGAAGCAGAAAGAUUUUGAUUCGAUCAGAAAAUCCAGUGAAGAACUCAUCCGAAACCUGAAAUCAAAAGAAAGGCAACUUGAAGACCAGGCCAAAGAGCUUGAAUUGAAGCAGAAAGAUUUUGAUUCGAUCAGAAAAUCCAGUGAAGAACUCAUCCGAAACCUGAAAUCAAAAGAAAGGCAACUUGAAGACCAGGGCAAAGAGCUUGAAUUGAAGCAGAAAGAAUUUGAUUCCAUUAAAAAAUCCACUGAAGAACACACCCGAAACCUGAAAUCGAAAGAAAUGCAACUUGAGGACCAGGCCAAAGAGCUUGAAUUGAAGCAGAAAGAAUUUGAUUCGAUUAAAAAAUCCACAGAAGAACACACCCGAAACCUGAAAGCGAAAGAGAGGCAACUUGAAGUCCAGGCCAAAGAGCUUGAAUUGAAGCAGAAAGAAUUUGAUUCAAUCAGAAAAUCCACUGAAGAACUCAUCCAAAACAUGAAAGAAAGGCAACUUGAGCAGAAAGAAUUUGAUUCGAUCAGAAAAUCCUGUGAAGAACACAUCCAAAACAUGAAAUCGAAAAAAAGGCAAAUUGAAGAUCAGGCCAAAGGGAUUGAAUUGAAGCAGAAAGAAUUUGAUUCGAUUAAAAAAUCCACCGAAGAACAUACCCGAAACCUGAAAGCGAAAGAGAAAACUAAUGCCCUUCAUUCUCAAGUGAAGAUUGAGCAACUGGAAUAUAUCCCUUCCAACCAGGCCUUUGUUCCUUCUUCUGCAAUUAAUCAAUCCAGCAUCUAUAGGGAUGGUAGAGGCUUGCAGUUGUUCAUGAAUGAGCAUUUGAAGAGAAUUGAUUUAGUGGGUAGCGAAAUCUCAGCUGUUCUUGAGGCCUCAUUGGACCCAGCAAAAUUGGUUUUGGAUGCAAUGCAAGGGUUUUACCCCUCAAACUCGACUGUAGACAACAGGGAGUGUAAUUUUGAUUUGAGAGUUAUUAGGAGGAGUUGUAUUCUUUUGUUAGAGGCUUUAAAGAAAGUCUCACCACAAAUUAAUCCUCCGGUGAGAGAAGAAGCAAUUAAGUUGGCGGGUGACUGGAAGGCUAAAAUGACGGGGGCAACCGAGAAUUGGUUGGAGAUUUUGGGUUUUUUGAGGCUUGUUACUACGUAUGAAAUCACCUCUGAGUAUGAAGGGAAGGAUCUUCAAAGUCUUGUUGCUACAAUUGCCGAGUAUGAACAGGCAACUGAAUUAUCCCAGGCCCUUGGUAGCACAGAAAAGGGAUCUGCCAGCAUCAUUUGUUCCCCCGUCAAAACUGAGAAACCAGAAUCUUCCCUGACCAAAAUGCAGCAGGGGUUUGUACAUGAGCUUGCGAGAGGGAAUCAUUUAAUACAAAGUGAAACUUUGGCUGCUCUUCAGACGUCGUUGGACCCAGCAAAAUUUGUGUUGGAUGUGAUGCAAAAUUCUUUUGCUCAAUACUGGGGAAAUGGGGAUGUUCGUUCUAGAGAAACUGUCAUGUUGAGUUUCAUCAACCUAUUGGAGCAGCUAAUUUGUAUCUCACCGCAUGUUGGACCGCAUGUGAAGGAUGAUGCAAGAAAUCUAGCAAUCCAGUGGAAAGCAAAAAUGGGAGCUGAUACUCAAAAUUCAUUGGAACAUUUGGGUUUUUUGCAGUUUAUUGCUACAUAUGGGUUGUUUUCUACCUUUCCUAGAUAUGAUAUGGUAUCGCUUCUUGGGAGGAUUUCUCAGGAUAAACAGACUCGAGAAUUAUGUCAGAAACUCAGUUUUGCAGAUAAGAUCCCUGCCCAUUUUAUUCUGAAUCUUAUUGAAAGAAGGCAACUGAUUGAGGCUGUUAGGUUGAUUUGCACAUUCAAGUUAAUUGACACUUUCCCCCCUGUUCCACUCUUAGAAAAGUUUGUGGAGAAUACAAAGAACUGGAACAGGAGAAUUUGCAAGAAAAAGAAAUCACUAGAUGAAAAGGUUAAGGUUUUAGAUAAUGAAAUUGCUGAUUUAAGAGAUGUGAUUCAGUGCAUCAAAGAUUGCAAUCUCGAGUCUGUAUACCCAUCUGGGAAGAUUGAAUUACAAAUAGCUAUGGUUGAGAAAAUAAAGGAGGGUCAAAGACGUUCAGCGAUAUCUCUUGCCUGCAAAGUUGGGCAACAAGAGGAGAACAAAUCUCUUGUCUGCGAAGUUGAACAACAUGAACAGAGUAAAUUUAUUGCCAUCAAGACUGAACAACAAGAGGCUAAUAAGUUUGAACAACAAAAGCAGACAAAUUGGAAUAAACGCCGAGGGGCUCAACCACAUCAACAACAACAGCAUCCAAAUAAAUUCCAACGAACGGGGGGAUCGGCUGCUAGACUAUAUCGAAUGCCAACUUCCUGUCCUGACUAUCAGCAUAGAAGUGUGCCAUCUUGGCAGCAUGAGAAUUAUAGACACCCUGGGCGGUUUGGUAUGGCCGCGGCCAACGAAUAUGGAAUUGGCGCUAAUUGUGGACACCCUGGGCAGUUUGGUAUGUAUGCCAACGACUACGAAACUGGUGCAAUGCCGAAUUCUGGAAUACAUCGGCCGCAUCACUUCACCCCCAGCCCUCCUCCACUUGGCACUUAUCAACCCUAG